AUGGAGAAAUGGAGCAAUCAGACCACUGGAACAGAUUUUAUUCUUCUGGGACUGUUUCACCAUACUCAAGUGCCCAAUCUCCUCUUCACACUCAUCUUCCUUGGAUUCCUGGUGGCCACUGUAGGAAACAUGAUGAUGAUCCUCCUCAUUGGUCUGGACUCUCGCCUCCAUACGCCUAUGUACUUUCUUCUCAGCCAGCUUUCCUUCAUCGAUCUCUUGUACAGCUCCGCUUUUGUCCCCAAGAUAGCCAUUGACUUCUUGUCUGGGAGGAACCACAUUUCUUUUACUAGCUGUGGAAUUCAGUUCUUCCUCUUCAUGUUACUCAUGGGAGCAGAGUGCCUUCUCCUGGCAGUCAUGGCUUAUGACCGCUACGUGGCUGUGUGCCACCCUCUCCAUUACUCAAUGCUCAUGCGCCCCACAGUCUCCGCUUCCAUGGUUACAGGAACCUGGUCGUGUGCUCUGCUCAAUGCCCUGAUUCAUGUUACAUACACUAUGAACCUACGUUACUGCUCUGCCAGGCAAAUCCAUCACUUCUUUUGUGAAAUCUCAGCUCUCCUCAGACUUGUUUGUACUGACACUUCUCUUUAUGAAAACAGUCUCUUCAUCAGUGGGAUUGUAUUCCUCCUCCUUCCAAUAUUGGCCAUCAUGGCCUCCUAUGGGAAAAUCCUCUCCACUGUUGUGGGGUUAAGAUCGAACUUGGGGAAGAAAAAAGCCAUGGCAACCUGUUCUUCUCAUAUGAUUGUGGUGUCUCUCUUCUAUGGCACAGCCAUCAGCAAGUAUUUUCUUCCCAAAGCAUACCACACUGCUGAGCACGAUGAAGUGACCUCCAUCUUCUACACCAUUCUCACACCCAUGCUCAACCCCCUCAUCUACAGCCUCCGAAACAAAGAAGUAGCUGGCGCACUCAGGAAAGUUCUGGGAAGGUAG